AUGAUGAUUGUGCUUCAGCAUAAUGCCAGUGGGAAUCAGCUUAUGAAAGAUGCCAAUACUCGGGAUAAGCUAGCCGGGGAAAAGGGCGUCCUUUGUUUCGAAAUGGAGGCGGCUGGACUGGUAAAUCAACUGCCGUGCAUGGUAAUCCGAGGCAUCUGCGACUAUUCAGAUUCACACAAAAACAAGGAAUGGCAAGGUUUUGCGGCUAUGGUGGCGGCCGCGUAUGCAAAAGAACUAGUGGGCUUAAUCGCCCCGAGCCAGGUUGAUGCGGAAAGGCCAAUCAGGGAGGUUUUAGCGCAAGUUGCACAGAACGUCGAGCGAGCGGUACCCAAGAUCGAGAAAAUCAACCGCGAUAUUGCCUUCACGAAAUUGCCAACCGCAAAUGGCGCUACGUUCGAUGACCACGCGAACGAACACGACCCCGCCUGCCACCCCGACACCCGCGUGGACCUUCUCGACGACAUUUACAGAUGGAUCGAAAACCCCAACGGGAAACACAUCUUCUGGUUGCGCGGCAUGGCCGGAACUGGCAAAUCGACCAUCUCUCGGACGGUAGCCAGAAAGGUAUCCGAAACCAAAAUGCCCAUAGCCAGCUUCUUCUUCAAAAAGGGCGAAGGCGACCGCGGUAAAGCCGCCAGGUUUUUUACCACCAUAGUCGACCAGCUUGUCCGUCACCAUCAGCUGCCGGACUUGGCAUCCCAUGUCCACAGCGCAGUCGAAAGCAAUCCAAACAUCGCCGACAAAACUAUGAAAGAGCAGUUCGAAAAGCUCUUCUUAGAGCCGUUGAACAAAUGCAACGGCGCCAAUUUCCAGCCGCUCCUUGUGGUGGUGGAUGCCCUUGACGAAUGCGAUCGAGAAGAAGAUGUAACUACUCUUAUUCGUCUUUUUCCCAAAGCUGAGGAAGCGAAAUCUUACCAUCUCCGGUUUUUCGUUACCAGCAGACCCGAGCUGCCUAUCCGCCUUGGCUUUAAAGAUAUUGGCGACAAAUAUAAAGACUUGGCUCUCCACGAGGUUCCUGAGUCUGAUAUAACAAAGGACAUUUCUACAUUUCUACGCUUUGAGUUAGAUCGCAUUUCGCAAGAUUUUAACAAAACUGUGCCGAGACCAGGGUUGACGCCCGAUUGGCCCCCACUCGCGAGUCUUAAGGAUCUUGUCAAUAUGGCUGUACCGUUGUUCAUUUUUGCAUCGACGGCUUGCCGUUUCAUUGCCGAUAGCGAAUUUGGCAAUCCUUGGGAGCAGCUAAAUAAAAUCCUUAAAUAUGAAGGAAAAGGCCAGCGGUCUCGGCUUCACGCGACAUAUCUCCCGAUCCUGAACCAGCUUCUUCUACAACGUACGAAUUUAGGGUUGGUAGAACGCACGAAGAGCGAACAAGCCGAAAUAGUUGAAUGGUUCCGCGAUAUUGUCGGAACCAUCGUAAUUCUUGCCGACCCUCUCCCCUCCGCAUCAUUGGCAUGCGUUCUAGAUCGAACAGAGCUCGACGUUACCUCGAAGCUGCGCAGGCUGCACUCUGUUCUCAAUAUUUCGGAUGAUCCACUCGCCCCCGUGAAAUUACUCCACCUGUCUUUUCGCGAUUUCCUCGUCGACAACGAAAAUCACGAUGGGAACCUCUUUUGGGUCGAUGCUCAAAAAACCCACAAACAACUGGCGAAGCGUUGCCUCAAACUAUUAUCAACUAGCGACAACCUCAAAAAAGACGUCUGCAAUCUACGUAAACCUGGGAUAUCCCGGUCCGAGAUUAGUGAGCAAAUUAUCAGUACUGCCCUGCCACGGGACGUCCAAUAUGCCUGUCGCUAUUGGGUAUACCAUUGGAAGGAGAGCAAAGUACGGAUACGAGACGACGAUAUUGUCCACGGGUUUCUGGCGGAGCAUUUGCUUCACUGGCUUGAAGUAUUGGGCAUUAUAGGGCGGAUCCGGGAGAGCGCAGCAGGGCGUUGGAUAGGUUUGACUGCGUACGGUACCUAG